AUGCUCAGAAACAAUAUAUUCGACUUGAACAGUUACAUCGAGGCUCGAAUUAGUUAUGCGAGAGUUCUGGAAAAACUUCAUACCAGGCAGGCUGGUGAGAAGCUGAUCAAGUUGCUGAAGAAGGCCCUGAUCAUGCGUCCGGAUGAACCUCACGUGAAUGUUUCUUUGAGGUCACUGUUGGGUCUCAUGUUCCGACUGAAGUCCGAUGACGAGACCUAUAAGUUUAUGAGACAAUACAUCAGCGCUCUCGCGGUCAAAUACAGACCCCUUAAUGAACGCCCCAGGGACUACAACAAGAUGAACGCAUUGAAUGACCUUGAGGUAAUCCGAAGGACUCCAUCUUCCCUGAUUCUGCAUGUGGCAUUUGUGAUACUGAAACUGAGAGUGAUAGCACAAUUGCAGGACAUACCCAAGGUUGCCGGUACGAAAGACAGAAUCGUACCAAAGGAGCUAAAAGAUGAGGCUCAUUUCGGGUUCUUGAAUGCCAUCACCACCACAGAAGAUGACAGAUGCAUCAUCCGCGAAGCCGGUUAUGAGCGCCUUCUCGUACGCCUAAACGAGCAAGUCCGUAUGCUGAUACUCGAUGUUCAUCGGUGUAACCAGCAGACUUGGGAGUAUCUCAUGGCCAAGGAGGUCCCUGCUAACAUGUUUGAAUCUCAAGAAAACUCGAACUCUCACAUUUUCAUUCGUAUGCAGUUGCGUGAGCCUUUUGAAAAGACUCCCGGUGCCGUGCGGUUCGUCGAAGGCUUCUUCGUCGAGAAUCAGAUACCGACGAGCCUCGAAAUCAAGAAUGAACCUAAUCAGUGGGAGGACAUUUCGCUAUAUGACAUUUCUAUGGAGCAGGACGAUUCAGACUGA